AUGGACGAUGCUUUGCGUCGCAGCAUCUUUGGUUCAUCUGAUGAGUCAGAUGAACCAUCGCCGAAGCGAAGGCGCUCGAGGUCGCGAGACUCGGGCGCUAAUAGUGGUGUCGGUUCUCCUAUGGACACCACUUCACAGCGAGGUGCCAGUACUUCUGUCGGCACGUCGCAGGAAGAGCGGGACCGCAAUGUGUUGCGUCUCGCUCCAGAAAAGAAGGCAUGGAUGCCUCCUAAAUCUGUCAUGGAUCACUUGUCGGCGACGACGAGUGAUCGUUAUCGAACACGAUUGUUCGAUUCGUCAAGAGAUUCAUCACCUUGA